AUGUUGGAGCCUAGACUCGCCUCAAAUGCACUCUGGACUAUCCUCUUACUCACACCCAGAAGAAACAAACAAACGAGAACUGUACGUUUAUAUAAGAGAACUCAGUUCAGGAUAAGGAACAUCAUAUCGAAUUGCUACGAUUGAAAUGGGCAGAUCUCGAGGCCCUUGAUAGAUCCAAGCUCUCAGAUCUCGCUGAAAGCGUGAGUUAACAACCCUACCCGGUUCCUAAGUUUCACUGACAAGAAUAGUAACCCAAACUUGCUCCUAUCCAACGAAACCAUUCAUUAAACCAAUCACUCCCAGAAUUUUCUUCCGUCAAAAGCCACGGCCUCUUCGAAAAAGACAUGA